AUGACAGGAUCCGGAGCAGGUCUUGCUCCUCGACGUUGCCAGCACGGAUACACUUUCGGGCCGUGCCCACAGCUCCAGGAUGGUAGUCUUCCUGUUUAUUGCGCUGCCGCAAAUGGGCAUCUGGAACUCGUCAAGUAUCUACUAGAUCUCCAACCCGAAACGAUCUCUGUGAAUGGCUAUAACGGUAACCUUCCUGUUCAUGGCGCUGCCUUUGAAGGGCAUCUGGAACUCGUCAAGUAUCUACUAGAUCUCCAACCCGACACAAUCUCUGCAAAGAACGAUGACGGUGGCCUUCCUGUUCAUCACGCUGCAUCGAAAGGACAUGUGGAAGUCGUCAAGUAUCUACUAGAACUCCAACCCGAUACGCUCUCUGUGAAGGACAAGAACGGUAACCUUCCUGUUCAUGGCGCUGCCUUUAAAGGGCAUCUGGAACUCGUCAAGUAUCUACUAGAUCUCCAACCCGACACAAUCUCUGCAAAGAACGAUGACGGUGCCCUUCCUGUUCAUCUCGCUGCAUCGAAAGGACAUGUGGAAGUCGUCAAGUAUCUACUAGAACUCCAACCCGAUACGCUCUCUGUGAAGGACAAGACCGGUGAUCUUCCUGUUCAUGACUCUGCCAGGAAUGGACAUCUGGAAGUAGUCAAGUAUCUACUAGACCUCCAACCCGACACAACCUCUGUAAAGAACAAUGACGGUUGUCUUCCUGUUCAUUGCGCUGCCUUUGAAGGGCAUCUGGAACUCGUCAAGUAUCUACUAGAUCUCCAACGCGACACGAUCUCUGCAAAGACCGAUAACGGUGACCUUCCUGUUGAUUUCGCUGCCUGGAAAGGACAACUGGAAGUAGUCAAGUAUCUACUGGACCUCCAACCCGGCACGAUCUCUGUGAAGAACAGUACCGGUGAUCUUCCUGUUCAUCACUCUGCCAGGAAUGGACAUCUGGAAGUAGUCAAGUAUCUACUAGACCUCCAACCCGACACAACCUCUGUAAAGAACAAUAACGGUCUCCUUCCUGUUCAUUUCGCUGCCGGGAAUGGACAACUGGAAGUUGUCAGGUAUCUACUAGAUCUCCAACCCGACACGAUCUCUGCAAAGAACGAUCAAGGAUAG